GCGCAAUCAGAGAGGGAGACAGGAGGGAGGGAGCACAAGUGCAGGCGAGGACUGUCGCUGCAUCCUUCUGAAAGAAGACAAAAUAACAACAACAACCCCAAGGAGAGCUCGUCCCUAUCAUCUUCCUCUCUUCCGCGUCCUUUUGCCUCUCUCUUCCUGGCCAUUGUCCAAGCCUUGGCUGUAGAAUGAGCUCCAGCCUGCUGGAAAACCCGGUGCAGGCGAUCUUGUACCUGCGGGAGCUCACCACCAUCGUGCAGAACCAGCAAAGUCUCAUCCAGACGCAGCGCUCCCGCAUCGAGGAGCUGGACCGGCGAGUGGAUGAGCUCAUCGGGGAGAACAGGCACCUGCGAGAUGUCCGCGUGCAGCAGCAUCAGCAUCCCUACACUGCGUACCCGCACCACCUCCUCCAUCAUCACCACCAUCAGCUUCACCCCGACGUGGGCUUCCUCCAUCACCUCCACCUCGCUCAGGACCCGCAGACCAAGAGCUCCGCGGCAAACUCCGCGGCGAGCCCCGCGCCGGAGCAGGCGGCCGCACCGGCACAACAAGUCGACGGGGCCGCGGUGGUCCAGCCCCCUCCCACGGAACCUUUGGACCCGGGAGACAUGCAGCUGGUUCCGGCCGAGCCGACUUCGGAUUCGCCUGUCGAGAGCGAGCCGGAUAACGGCGGGAGUUGCAGCGGGUGCCGCUCCUUGGUUCCGAUGACCCCGACCACUCUGUGUCGGUCAUUGGCCCUCGCCAAGACGUCCGAAAGCGAGACGGUGCUGCAUCAGUUCUGCUGCCCUGCCCCUGAGCAUCCUGAGGCUGACACAAGUGGCACGUCCAGCGGCCGUUUGCUGAGCCUGGAGGACGGUUCGUCCUCGGGUAGACCGGACGUGGAGGGCACCGCAGCCAAACGGGAGGGGCCCAGCGAGUACGAGAUCUCCCUGGAGAACAAAAACAAACAGAUAGAAGACCUGGAGCAGAAGUACGGAGGCCACCUCAUCUCCCGACGGGCCGCCCGUCGCAUCCAGACCGCCUUCCGUCAGUACCAGCUAAGCAAAAAUUUCCAAAAGAUCCGCAACUCGCUCUCGGAGAGCAAGCUACCCCGCCGGAUCUCCUUGCGCCAACCCAGCCCCUCGGGACGGAACCGCAAUAGCGCCCAGAGACACAGUUACUCUCUCCACCCGGGAGGGGGACAGAUACCGCUACGUUCCAAGACGCCGCCUCCGCCGCCGUGCCGCUCCACUUCUCUGCCGCCGUCUCCCGCGUCCGCCCCAGCAGCGGCUGCCCCUCCGGCCACGGGACCGGCGCCCGCUCAAAGCUCUGGACCCUCGCUCUCACAGCUGGAGGACUGCUUCUCUGAACAACUCCACUCGCUGGCCCAGUCGAUAGAUGAGGCCCUCCGUGGUUGGAGCGUAUCGGAGGGCCCGGAGGGCCAGGGCCUCCUCAUGGACCCAGGGGCCCUCCGUGCCGCCGCCGAGAGUGCCUGCCUCCCCCGCAGCGCCAGCUCUCUGCUCAUGGCCUUCCGGGACGUCACUGUCCACAUUGAUAGCAACAGUUCCUACACCAUCUCCUCUGCUACCACCACUACCACCACCUCCCUGGGCAACGCCGGCGGCGAAGCGGGCAGCAGGAAGACCUCGCUGAGCGGGAUGGGCCUCGUCAGAGGAGAGUCAGCUGAGGAGCCUGAAUUCCCUGCGCCUCCUCCAAGCGAGGAGCUGGAGAAUUUGGAUCCGGGGUCGCGGAGGGGCUCAGCUGUGCCCCUCCCGGGGGGGUACGGCGCCUUAGAAGGGGAAGGCAUCUCGGACAAAGUGGGGUCCAACUCCACAUCUACCUCCACCGCCAUCGUCACUUCGACCUUCUCCGACCAGCAGCCUGCCCAGAUUUACACCCAGUACCAGCAGUACCACUACACCCAUCCGCAGCAGCUGGCGGCGGGCACCGGCCCCGAUGCCCUGCAGGCUCUGGUGGUCUCCCUCCCCAGGGAUCGAUGCCAGGAUCCCACGUCUUGCCGGUCGCCCACCCUCUCCACCGACACACAUCGUAAACGGCUCUAUCGCAUUGGACUAAACCUCUUCAAUGUGAACCCGGAGAAAGGAAUCCACUUCCUGAUCACGCGCGGCUUCGUGCCCGACACGGCCAUCGGCGUGGCUCACUUCCUGCUCCAGAGGAAAGGCCUCAGCAGGCAGAUGAUUGGAGAGUUCCUGGGCAACAGCAAGCUGCAGUUCAACAGAGACGUUCUGGACUGCGUGGUGGACGAGAUGGAUUUCUCGGGCAUGGAGCUGGACGAAGCCCUGAGAAAGUUUCAGGCUCAUGUGCGCGUGCAGGGCGAGGCGCAGAAGGUGGAGCGACUCAUCGAGGCCUUUAGCCAGCGCUACUGUAUGUGUAAUCCUGACGUGGUGCAGCAGUUCCACAACCCCGACACCAUCUUCAUCCUUGCCUUUGCUGUGGUCCUCCUCAACACUGACAUGUACUCGCCCAACAUCAAACCACAGCGCAAAAUGGGCCUCGACGACUUCAUACGCAAUCUCAGAGGUGUGGAUGACGGAGCAGACAUCCCCAGAGAGAUGGUGGCUGGCAUUUAUGAAAGGAUCCAACAAAGAGAGCUGCGAUCCAAUGAGGACCAUGUCACCUAUGUGAGCCGUGUGGAGCAGUCCAUCCUGGGCCUGAAAACUAUCUUGGCCGUGCCUCACAGACGUCUGGUGUGCUGCUGUCGUCUGUUUGAGGUUCCUGAUGCCAACAAACCUCAUAAACAGAAACUGUCGCAGCUCCAGAGAGAGGUCUUCCUCUUUAACGACCUGCUCUUGAUCCUGAAGCUGUGCCCCAAGAAGAAAAGCUCGGCUUCUUACACCUUCUGCAAAGCCAUGGGUCUCCUGGGAAUGCAGUUCCACCUCUUCAGCAAUGAAUACUAUGCCCAUGGCAUCACCAUGAUGAGCCCGUUUACCUCUGAGAAGAAGCAGCUGGUGAGCUUUUGCUCACCAAGUGGGGAGGAGCUGCGGAAAUUCGCAGAGGAGUUGCGAGAGGCUAUUUCCGAAGUCAACGAGAUGGAGCGCAUACACAUCCAGUGGGAACUGGAGAGGCAACAGGGCAUCCAGCCUCACAGCAUACAUACGAAUGGCGGCCAAGUGGACGCGCACACGGGGCAAGGAUCCCCGUCAGGUCAACAGGAUGCGUACGAUAAAAGCGGCAACAACAACGCAGUGGAGGUGUCAAUUCACAACAGGCUGCAGACCUACCAACUGAGCCCGCCCGGCGUUGAGUCGAUGCCCCCACUGGCCCUGACCGCCCCGCCCGCCUUGCUCGACCCCGCCCCGGCCGGGGAACUCCGCCCGGAGACGCUCAUCCAGUGUCAGCAGAUCGUCAAAGUCAUCGUGGUGGACCAGAGCGGGCGGGGCCGCAUGGAGGCCUUCCUCAGCCAGGGCCCGACCGCCCACCAGCUCCUGCGCUCGGCCAUGUCCACGCCCGUCCACGUCCAGGGGGACGGGCCCCAGCCCCCUCUGCCGCCGCCCCCGCCCCCUUACAACCAUCCGCACCAGUUCUGCCCGCCAGACUCGCCCAUGCCGCUACACCACACCAUCCCACUCACUCGCAGACGCAAUUCCAGCGGCUCCCGCAGCAUUGUCUGAAUUACUCCCCUCCCCCACCCCUCCGCCCCCACCCCAACCCAAAAAAAACUAAAAAACUGCCACUAUGACCCUCCCGGGACCGACAACAUGGAGUUGUUGGGACACCAUUUUGUUAAGGCAACCGACAAUUGGCCCGCUCGCUGAAGAUGUCUGUUCCGCGUUUCACCAUCUUCAAGACACAUUCAGACUCUUUGUGCACAGGUCGCACCAAGAUUCAUAUAAAGCAGGGGUGGACAAACUAAGGCGCUCAAGGGCCACGUUUGAUUAUUUAAAAUGAACAGAUGGGCCAGCUCAUUCGUAGUAGACGAGGUGCAAAAAAAAGUUAAGUGUAUGCAAAGCGUGGGAUGGGAAGAUAAUUUUUUCUCGUUCUUAAUCUUUUAAAUAUUUUUAAAGGAUUUAAUGAUAAUUAAUUUAUGAAUUGUUUAAUUGUAUAAAUAUAUAUAUAUAUAUCCAUCCAUCCAUCCAUUUUUUGAGCCACUUCUCCUCACAAGGGUCGCGGGCAUGCUGGAGCCUAUCCCAGCUAUCAUCGGGCAGGAGGCGGGGUACACCCUGAACUGGUUGCCAGCCAAUCGCAGGGCACAUACAAACAAACAACCAUUCGCACUCACAUUCACACCUACGGGCAAUUUAGAGUCUCCAAUUCAUGCAUGUUUUUGGGAUGUGGGAGGAAACCGGAGUGCCCGGAGAAAACCCACGCAGGUACGGGGAGAACAUGCUAUAUAUAUAUAUACAGCGGCUGAAAUAAAUAUUUAACAUGUCACCAUUUUUCUCAUUAAAUAUAUUUCCAAAGGUGCUAUUGACAUGAACAUUUCACCAGAUCCAUCCUUCCAUUUUCUGAGCCGCUUCUCCUCACUAGGGACGCGGGCGUGCUGGAGCCUAUCCCAGCUACCAUCGGACAGGAGGCGGGGUACACCCUGAACUGGUUGCCAGCCAAUCGCAGCAUUUCACCAGAUGUUAGUGGAAGUAAUCCAUACAUACAAAGAAAGUAGAACAAAUGAGAUCAGAAAUGAAGUUGUGUGUAAUUAUGUGAAAUGACACAGGGAAAAAGUAUUGAACAGACCAAGCAUUUAUUGAAUACUUUGUACAAAAGCCUUUGUUUGCAAUGACAGCUUCAAGAUGCCUCCUGUAUGGAGAAACUAGUCGCAUGCAUUGCUCUGGUGUGAUUUUGGCCCAUUCCUCCACACAAGCAGUCUUCAAAUCUUGAAGGUUGCGUGAGCUUCUUUUGUGGACCUUGAGUUGCAGUUCUUUCCAUAGAAUUUCGAUUGGAUUCAAGUCAGGUGAUUGGCUGGGCCAUUCUAGCAGCUUUAUUUUUUUUCCAUUGAAACCAAUUGAGAGUUUCCUUGGCAGUAAGUUUUGGAUCAUUAUCCUGAUGAAAUGUCCACCCUCGUUUCAUUUUCAUCAUCCUCGUAGAUGGCAGCAGAUUUUUCUCAAGAAUGUCUGGGUACAUUUGCCCAUUCAUCCUUCCUUCAAUAAUGUGAAGUUCACAGUACCAUUUGCUGAAAAGCAGCCCCACAUCAUGUUGUCACAUCUGAACUUCACUGUUGGUAUGGUGUUUUUAGGGUGAUGUGCAGUGCCAUUUCUCCUCCAAACGUGAUGUGCUUUAUGGCAUCCAAACAGCUCAACUAUAUUCUCCCAGUAUUUAACUGGCUUGUCCAAAUGUUGUUCAGCAAACUUUAUCAUGCUUUUUUUUUUCAGCAAUGGCGUGAUGAGCGUGCAUACAGGCCAUGGCGGCAGAGUACAUUACUCACUGUUUUCUUUGUGACAGCAGUACCUGCUAAUUCCAGGUCUUUUUGAAGCUCUCCACAGGUGGUCCUUGGCUCUUGGACAGCUAUUCUGAUUAUUCUUUGCACUCCUCUGACAGAAAUCUUGUGAGGAGCACCUCACCUGAUCGAGGCAAAUUUAUGGUGGUAUGAUUGGCUUUCCACUUACGUAUUAUGCCCCCAACUGUGCUCACUGGAACAUUCACAAGCUUAGAUGUGUGCCUGUAACCAAUGCCAUCGUUAUGUUUUGCAGCAAUUAGUCUUGAGACAGCUCUCUGCUCUUACCCAUCAUGAGAUGUGUCUUGGCUCACAAUUUGGCAAUGAGACCUUUUUGUAGGCUAUCAAUUAGGAGUGAACCAGCUGAUAUUCAGUUGCACUAACAAGGGGCUGGAUUGUUAUUUUAUUAUUGAUAGAUUUUAGGUGUUGUCUUGGGUGUUCAUGCCUUUUUUCGCCACCCUUUCUUCAUGUGUUCAAUACUUUCGCAACGUGUCAUUUCACAUUAUUACACGCAAAUUCUGAUCUUAUUUGUUCUACUUUUGUUGUAUGUAUGGAUUACUUGGGUUGUUCCCAACAUCUGGUGAAGAUUUAAUGUCAAUAGCACCUUUGGAAAUAUAUUUAGUGAGAAAAUGGUGACGUAUAUAUACCAGGUGAUUGAAAAGUAACUCCCUACUUUUAAGUACUUUUUCAUUUAUUUCUGCACUAUAAUUCUUAUAGGAAAUGAACAUGAGAAGAAAGUGUAUUGCAUGGUGUUUUAUUUAACAUUCGAUGGAAGAUAUAACUUCUUGUAUUCACCCUUCAAGUUCUCCCAAAGUCGUUGGUUUGGUAGAAUAGACUUGCUCCUUUAAUCAUGGAACAUACACAAAAAUCUUUUGAAAACAUUACAACAUGUGAAUAAAUUCUAAGUAUUUUAAAAUAGGGAGUUACUUUCCAAUCGCCCUGUAUAAAUAUAUAUAUAUAUAUAUAUAUUUAUAUAUUUUACUAAUUAUGUAUUUUAUGUGAAAAUAUUCAAUGAUCAAAUAAUUCAUGUUCAUUUUUAAAUGGUAUUAUUUUAAAUUCAUUUAAUUAAUUAAUUAAUUAAUUAAGGAAAGAGUAAAUUGUUUUAUUUUACUAUGUAUUUGAUCAUUUAAAAUAUUAAUAUAUUUCAAUUAAAAUCCAUUAACAAAAUUGUUAAUUGAAUAAAAAAGCCUUAUAACUACUAUUUUAGUAUUUUGUACAAAAUAUAUUUUAAUUACAAAUAAUGUAUGCUCAUUUUUAACAUUUUUUAAAUAAUUCCUUUCAUUUCAUUUAAGUAAUUGAAUCAAAAUGCAUUUUUGUAUUUUAUGUAAAAUCGUUUAUUUUAACAGUAAAAUAAUAAUUCUUGCUAAGUUUUACAUUUUAAUUCUAAUUUUAAGUAAUUAAUAAAAUAUUUUAAAUGGUUUAUUUCACAAUGAUUUUAUCAUUUACAAUAAAUGACCAGUUUUAGGAGAUAACUGGCUGCAUUAAGGCAACAAAUUAUGUUGUAUGUGAUUGAAAAAAUAAUGAAUCAAUACAUUUCUAUACAAAAAUAAAAAAUAAAUUAAUGCAACAAAUAUCACAGGGUUUUGAUUAAAAUAAAGGCUUGAUGGACCGGAUUUAAGAACAGAGCGGGCUGUAUCUGGCCCACGGUCCUUACUUUGCUCACCCCUGCGAGAAAACAGAGGAUGCUAUUGAAAAAACAGAGCGUUUAAAAAAAACUGGUCUUGGCACAGCAAGUCUAGCUUUUCAGAUUUGCAAUUAUUUGUUCUUAUCAACUGGAAAAGAAGAAAGCUGCUUAUCGGUGCAGUUCUUCCUGUCUUGCUUUAAAGGAAGAAAAACAGAGAGAGAGAGAGAGAGAGAGAGAGAGAGAGAGAGAGGGGGGGGGGGGGGGAGGAUACAAAGGUGUCUACCCGACAUGAUGUACAGCAUAGCGUCACACGAGUGGGUUUUUCCCAAUGGUGCGUGGGAGCAGAUCACGUCACAAAAACAAAGUACAGUUUUAGUAUUGCAUUACUGAGAAAUGUUAGGGCCACGCUGGAAAUAAAUAUUAUAUAAUAUUUUUUUCACAAAGUCAAAUUUCAAAAUAAUUGAAAAAGUUGGAGUGUUACGAAAUUGUUUUGAGUAUAAAAUCCAAAUUUUCACAACAAAGUCAAAUUAUUAUUUUUUUUUUCCAGGAAAAAAACUUUUUCUACUCUGAUUCUUUUUUUUAUUGUAAAGUUAGGACUUUCCCUGGUAAUUUGUUUUACUCUUUUUCUUGUAAUAUGAAAUACUCUCAAGAACUCAUACAAAAUAUGACAUAAUUUUUGCUUUCUUGUAAUAUUACAACUUUUGAACUUUUCUCUCAUAAAAUCACUAUUUAAUUCACAUGAAAUUAAUAUCUUUUCCCUAAAUAAUGUCUUUCUUGUAAUAUUACAGCUUUAUUCUCAUGAUAUUUAAAACUUUCUUCAUUAUACUUGACUUAAAAUUUACUAUAUAUGUAUAUAUAUAUAUAUAUACACUCUCAUAUUAACUAUUAUUUAUGGGAAACUACCACUAUUGUCUCAUAAUAUUCACUCUUAAUUUUUUAAAAAUUGAGAUUAGUAUCCCUUCAUA